AUGUUAUGGGCCGAUAUGUCACGGAUAGCAGCCUCGCCUCCUCGUAGGGGAGGGCACACCUCAUCUCGGCAAUAUCCACUUGAUUGCGCCGCGCGAUACCGAAUUGAAGCUUUGGUCAUAUCGGCCCAUAACAUGUGCAAUGCCUUUCUGCGUCUCAUUGCGUCUAGAGUCAUCUCGACAAAGCUGCGGAAUACCGUCGGCCCGUACCGAACAGCGACGAAAGCGCUAACGCCUGGUAAUGGACCUUUAGAGAUCAGUCACCAAUUCUAUAUGGAUGAGCCAAAGGUCUGCAUUUCUAGAUGGGACAAUAUAUCAGAAGCUAAGCAAGCAAUAGAGGAAGUCGCUGGAGAACUAGGACUACAAACGAAUCCUAGUAAUGGUGGUACCGAAGUUAAAUACGCAUUCUCGUGCAUAAUAUCAGGAUCAGGAAAGUUCUGCACGGUGAGAAAACGAACGAGAGCAUUCGACGAAUCUAUACGCAAAGUGCUGGCCGAAACAAAAAUGAGAUAUGGGCACAGCUGCGUUGAGAGACUGAAUGUAAACGAAAAAGAUGGGGAAUUCGUUCUCAAGACGCCCAAAGAAGAAUUGGAACAUACAGUUGUAUACAACUGGUGUUACGUGGCCUUAAGACCAAAGCUCCAAAUUCCCUAUCAACUUUGUGGUAGAAACAGUAACAAGCGAUCAUUCGCAUCCGACUUUUACUCUGUUCUACCAGAGAACAUGUUGGAGAACGAAACUCUCGCUCACGAACGCUGGGCUCGAACACGAUUGCAUGAAUGGAAGCAAAGAGAAGUGGCGAGUAGAGUGAUUGCAAAUAAGGAGAUAGGAAACAUAGAACGUCUGGCUCAAGGAUUCAUUCUUGUGGCCACAGACAGUGUAAAAUUGCUCCAAGGUACUGCAAAGUGUAGGGGCCGCACAAGAAGGCUCGCUACCAACGAAAGGGAGUGCGUCAGGCCAUCGUCAUGGCCGCAUAGUAAUCAGCAAUGCAGACUGCACUGCACUGCUAAAGAAACAGCAGAACACAUAGUAUCUGCAUGCAGCUACUGGCGUACUCAUGGUCAAGUGGCAUGA